CGCUUCGUUUCAAACAUUGUUUUGCAAACACAGCGAUACUUAGAUUGUCAUUCGUAAAAUAUUUAGUGAGGGGGGGAAAGAAGGGCGGACGGGAAAAGGGCCGGUUGCCUGCCGAGUUCAAGGCAUCCAAAUGAGGAAACAACACUCACGUAAAUCUUCCUCGUUCCUGACUUUUCGCAUAUGAGAAUCGUGUUACCCUUCAUGAUCACUGCAUGAUCUGCGUCCUGCAUUUGUCGUUCCUUCCAUCUUUCUUCUUCCCCUCCAUUAUCCGUCGUCCAGUCUUCUAGGUAAACGCAUAUACGGCCUCUGGAACUUUCCCGGAAGCCAGCAUUCAGGAGCUCAUUUACGUAGAAGGAAACCUGGGCUACAGUGUAAAUGUUCCUUCGAAAGAAGGUCAAACAUCAGCAACAAAAUGCUGCUACUUCUGAAAAAGUGGCGAUGAUAAAGCCCACGAAAGAAUCCCCUUCUAUGAAGUCCACGCCGCUUUUUGCUCGAUUCGCGUCAGCGAACACGAUGAACAAUGGACCAAAUGGUUCGCCGCCGAAGCCUAUGGUCUCUGUCCCGAUGUCUCUCGGAAUGAAGAAAGAGUUAAUGCCAAGCGACACUGUAGGAAAAACUGGAUCAGGAAGAAAAGACGGUAUGCAGAGAGCAGGAGGACAGGCUGGACAACCUUGGAUAGCAUCGGAGAAGGUUGAUAAACCUCUACCGCCAACUUUACCUUCGGAAGGAGUAAGGUCUCCUUUGGAACACCGAGUGUCUACCUCAGGACCGGUCCCCGUAGACCCUUCUCGUAUCGGCCGCAAAAUCAGCACACAGAAACCUCGUGCUGCGGAUACGACGGAAAGUAGAGAGCCCCAAAGUAUUUUAUCCUCUCGGCCUUCUACUACCACCCGCAAAUCAUCAAUUCGGGAUCUGCACUCCUCAGAUUCGAACUCAUACUCGGUUCGCGUAGGUGUCAGUAAUGACGCACCCUCCGAUCCAGCCAAAGCUGUCCGGAACAAUCUCGUCUCUGGACAAGCUCACCCGACCUAUGUUCAUGGUCCGACUAGCAGUGCUGCUAUCGGUUCUGGCCCUUCGUAUCGAGUGAGUACAAUUUCUCGUCCAUCUCCAUUUCUUUCUUUACUCUCCUUCAUUCGUUCUCUUCUAUCACUUCUUCUCGUGCCCCGGGUGCCUGUUGUUCCUGUCCAUAGGCCACUAAGUACGUUCUGCGUGUGGCCACUGAGAAAAAGCGAUUACGGAUAUUCGAGCCCCGGAAACGGAUACAGAUAUCGUUGUUUCUCCAACUUUAUUAUCCUUUGGCAGUGUGGUUAUUCACCGACGAUAACGCAUUUCGGCCACUUGACUGGUUGAAAGCUUGCACUGGUAACACACUUUACGCCAAGCGUAGCUGCGUCAGUGCGUGCAGUGCAACCAAACGUAAUGCCGACUCUCCUUCUAGCUUUGUUCCCUUUCCAAAUGAAGUUCGUCCGUUCUUACUCCAGCCUUCUCUGGUUCUUGUUAGUUAUUCGAUGACCCAUCGUCUUCGCUCUAUCUCCUUCGUGGGGCAUUUCCACAUUUCA